CGGAGGCCGGCGGCCGGGCGCCCAUGGCGUUCGCGCUGCUGCGCCCGGUCGGCGCGCACGUGCUGUACCCAGACGUGAGGCUGCUGAGCGAGGACGAGGAGAACCGCAGCGAGAGCGACGCGUCAGACCAGUCGUUCGGCUGCUGCGAAGGGCUGGAGGCGGCACGGCGUGGCCCGGGUCCCGGGAGCGGGCGGCGGGCGAGCGGCAGCGCGGGCCCCGUGGUGGUGGUGCGGCAGCGACAGGCGGCCAACGCGCGCGAGCGAGACCGCACGCAGAGCGUGAACACAGCCUUCACUGCCCUGCGCACGCUCAUCCCCACCGAGCCCGUGGACCGAAAGCUGUCCAAGAUCGAGACGCUGCGUCUGGCGUCCAGCUACAUCGCCCACCUGGCCAACGUGCUGCUCCUGGGCGACGCGGCCGACGACGGGCAGCCGUGUUUCCGCGCGGCGGGCGGUGGCAAGAGCGCGGUCCCCGCCGCCGACGGCCGUCAGCCGCGCUCCAUCUGCACCUUCUGUCUCAGCAACCAGCGCAAGGGGGGCAGCCGACGUGACCUGGGGGGCAGCUGCUUGAAAGUGAGAGGCAUAGCCCCCCUUCGAGGGCCUCGGCGAUGAGCCUGUGUCCCUGUGGUAUUUUCUCCAAGAAGGACUCCAACAGGGUAAAAGGCCACAAGCCAACCCCUAGCUGGACAGGAGAGAAGAUUCCAGAAGCUCAAACCAUUCCUGCUUCAUGUAGGGACUGGAGGACAAUGGCCUGGACACAGGGCUCGUCCUGGAGAGCCAUGAGGACCCUUCUAGCCAUUCAGGCCUAGCUGGCCAGAAACAAGGCAGAAAUUUUAGAAAAUCAAAGACUAUUUUUGAAAGUGUGUUUGUGUCUGUGUGAAUGUGAUAUGUGAGCGAAUCCAGGGGGGGUGUCAAAAUAAAGGUAUUUUUAAAUAAA